GCAGCUCAAGUCGAAGCUAGAAGUGUUUAGGUGACUACCAGCGAACACGUCGAUUUCACGGCAUCGUUCCAGUACCAGCCACUCAUCACGUGAAGCACUCAGGGGAGGGCGUUACCCGUUUUGGGCUAGGCGAACCGAGCCAAACAGGGUUUGCGACAGGCCUGCAGAAGGGGACUUCCCUCCUUGGCGUCACGAUGAGCCAUGGGCGAUUGCGUAACACGCAGCCUUUACACCACUUUAGUUCAGGUGACGUGAGAUAGCCGUUACAGCCUUCCGUUCCGUCCAUCGCCGCGAAUCACGUGGCGGCCAGACAUCACUUGUCGAGCUCCCUCGGGCAGUAGCGUGAGCUCGCGUCCGUCUCUCUGCGUCGCCGCGGCCCGCGGUGGAGCGCCAUGGGGGCUCUCUUCUCGCGCCCGGUCGGCGAUGGCCAACUCCACCCCGUGUACCCGGCGCUGCGGGCGGUGGUGGCGGGGGAGCGUGGGCGGGGGGCGGUGCAGGAGUACGCGUUCGAGGACGCGCUGCACGCCACGGAGGGCUUCAAGGCGCUGGCGGGCCGGGGGGGCUUCGGGUUCGUCUACAAGGGCUUCAUGUGGGCGCACACCGCGCCUGGGGCGGGCGAGGGCGGAGUGGGGGCUGGCGCGCGUGUGCUGAUCCCCGUGGCGGUGAAGGUGCUGAACGGCGACCCCAUGACGGGCGUGGGGGGCCUCGCCACCUUCGCGCAUGAGAGCGCGCUGCUGGAGGAGGAGGGGCGGCACGCGAGUCUGCUGCGCGUGCAUGGGUAUGUGGCGCAGCGGCCGCCCAUGAUCAUCUACGACUUCAUCGAGGGCGGCACCGUGGAGCAGCUCAUGGCAAGAGUGGAGAGGGGCGAGGUGCUGUUCCCAUGGAGGGCGCGUGUGCAGAUGGCGCUGACGUGCGCGGACGUGCUGGCGGAGCUGCACCGGCACCACCUCGUGCACCGCAACUUCAAGGCCUCCAACGUGCUGCUCACUCCGGACCUGACCCCCGUGGUGGCGGACUACGGGUUGGCGCGCGUGGUGGCGGACUGGAAGAUGCACGUGCAGAUGAGGGGCGCCGGCUCCAUGUCCUACAUCGACCCUGCCUACUUCGACUCAGGCACGCUGACGCGCCUGUCGGACACGUACGCGUUUGGCAUCUUCCUCCUGGAGCUGGUGUCGGGGGCGUCGGCGCAGGGCCCGCGCUUCAAGGCGGUGCGCAAGGCCGUGGCCACGGCGCGCGAGCCCGACCCCUCACAGGUGCUGGACCCGGUGCUGGCGGGGCAGUGGCACCCGUCCCAGACGGGCGUGGUGCUGGCCACCAUCCGCUCCGCCAUCCUCUUUGAGCGCGACAACCGCCCAGACAUGGCCAUCGUUAGAGACCAACUACGCCGGGUGCUGGAGAUGAUGCCAUAGAUGGGGAGAAGGCGGGAUGUGUUCCAGAUUAUGGCUUGGUAGGUUUUUUAGGGAUCAACUAGAUUGUAGUGGCUUGCACUAUAUGUUUUACUUAGAUGUAUUCAAACUGCGUAUAU